GAACUCCCACCCACAGCGGCAUGCGGAGAGCGCCGCCGUGUGGCUACUAACGAGAGAGGCAAAUCGACAUUUGUAUAUCAAACCAAUUUUCUUCCUUUUGGAAUUGGGGGGUUUUUACUUCAUCCCCGAUUCCCCCUUCCCUUUUAUCCCCCCUCUUCUCUACGCAUCUCAGGGAAUCGCCGGCGCCGGUAGAAGUGACGUCACUCUCGCCUGAGUGUCGGAGAGAGAGAGAGAAAAGAGUUGUCACAGUCUUCACCUUUCACCUCACUGAUUCUUUCACUAUCCUCAUCCUCUCCGGCGGUGGCCGUGAACAGUUGACCUAACUUAACCUUUCCCCAUCGUCUUCAUCUCUCCCUCGCGUCUGGAUGGAAAUUUGAAUGAAGUUGAAUCAGUAGUUCACAGACAUGGCAUUGACAGAAAAGGAUGCUGAUGAUAGAAAACAAAGGGAUACAGUUGAAGAAAAUGGGUUUUUGAAUACAGUGCAGCCUUCUACUGUUACUAGUGGCUCUCUAAGAAGCAGUACAAGUGAACAUAAGAAGUUUGAAGGGAAGGAUAACCUGUCCUAUGCCACUAUUCUUCGCUCCAGGAAUAAAUUUGUUGAGGCUCAUGCUAUUUAUGAUAGGAUAUUGGAGGAGGAUAGUGGAAAUGUUGAAGCGCACAUUGGUAAAGGAAUUUGUCUGCAGAUGCAAAACCUGGGGAAACUUGCUUUUGAGAGCUUUACACAAGCAACCAAAUUGGAUCCACAAAAUGCUUGUGCUCUCACCUAUUGUGGUAUUCUGUUCAAAGAUGAGGGACAACUUAUGGAAGCUGCAGAGUCAUAUCAGAAGGCUCUAAGAAUGGACCCUUCAUAUAAACUAGCUGCAGAAUGCCUAGCAGUUGUUUUGACAGACAUUGGGACCAGCUUAAAACUUGCUGGAAGCACUCAGGAAGGGAUACAGAAGUAUUAUGAAGCUAUCAAAAUAGAUGCUCAUUAUGCUCCUGCGUAUUAUAACCUUGGUGUUGUUUACUCCGAAUUGUUGCAAUUUGACUUGGCUCUUAAUUGCUAUGAAAAGGCAGCACUGGAGAGGCCCAUGUAUGCUGAGGCCUUUUGUAACAUGGGUGUCAUAUAUAAGAAUCGUGGGGACAUGGAAUCAGCUAUAGCCUGUUAUGAGAGGUGCUUAACUGUAUCUCCAAACUUUGAGAUUGCGAAGAAUAACAUGGCAAUCGCAUUGACAGAUUUAGGCACAAAGGUUAAGUUGGAGGGAGAUAUCAAUCAAGGGGUGGCUUACUACGAGAAGGCUCUUUAUUACAAUUGGCGUUAUGCAGAUGCUAUGUAUAAUUUGGGUGUUGCAUAUGGGGAGAUGUUGAAGUUUGACAUGGCAAUCUUUUUUUAUGAACUAGCAUUCCAUUUCAAUCCUCAUUGUGCUGAAGCAUGCAACAAUUUAGGAGUUAUAUACAAGGACCGUGACAACCUUGACAAAGCAGUUGAAUGUUACCAGCUUGCUUUGUCUAUCAAACCAAAUUUCUCUCAGUCCUUGAAUAAUCUUGGUGUUGUCUUCACAGUACAGGGUAAAAUGGAUGCUGCUGCAAGUAUGAUUGAGAAGGCAAUUAUUUCCAAUCCUUCAUAUGGAGAAGCAUACAAUAACCUAGGGGUUCUGUACAGAGAUGCUGGCAAUAUAAGUCUGGCUGUUGAAGCCUAUGAGCGGUGCCUUAAGAUAGACCCUGAUUCAAGGAAUGCAGGCCAGAAUCGGUUACUUGCAAUGAACUACAUAAAUGAGGGAACUGAUGAUACAUUAUUCGAAGCUCACAGAGAAUGGGGUAGACGGUUUAUGAGGUUAUACGAGCAAUAUACAUCAUGGGACAACUCAAAAGAGCCAGACAGACCUCUUAUUAUUGGAUAUGUGUCACCUGAUUAUUUCACGCAUUCUGUCUCAUACUUUAUUGAAGCACCUCUAGCCCACCAUGACUAUGUGAAUUACAAGGUGGUUGUAUAUUCUGCUGUUGUGAAGGCUGAUGCAAAAACAAAUAGAUUUCGAGACAAGGUCAUAAAAAAAGGUGGGAUUUGGAGAGAUAUUUAUGGGAUUGAUGAGAAGAAGUUAGCUAGCAUGGUUCGAGAAGAUAAGAUUGAUAUCUUGGUUGAACUUACUGGUCAUACAGCAAAUAACAAGUUGGGAAUGAUGGCAUGCAAACCUGCGCCAGUUCAGGUUACUUGGAUUGGCUAUCCAAAUACCACCGGUUUGCCUGCCAUUGAUUAUAGAAUCACGGAUUCUUUAGCCGACCCACCUGAUACAAGACAGAAGCACAUUGAAGAAUUAAUACGAUUACCUCAAUCCUUUCUUUGUUAUACACCAUCACCUGAAGCAGGGCCUGUAUGUCCAACACCGGCAUUAUCAAAUGGUUUUGUAACCUUUGGAAGCUUUAACAAUCUGGCAAAGAUGACACCCAAAGUUCUCCAAGUUUGGGCGAAGAUUCUCUGCGCAAUUCCAAACUCUAGACUUAUUGUCAAAUGCAAACCUUUCGGCUGUGAUAGUGUGAGACAGAGAUUUCUAUCUAUUCUGGAGCGGUUGGGUCUUGAACCUUUUCGUGUUGAUCUCUUGCCUUUAAUUCUUCUCAAUCACGAUCAUAUGCAAUCAUAUGCUUUGAUGGAUAUUAGUUUGGAUACGUUUCCAUAUGCCGGAACAACUACUACAUUUGAAUCUUUAUACAUGGGAGUUCCAUGUGUCACUAUGGAAGGCUCUGUCCAUGCUCAUAAUGUUGGCGUCUCUGUUCUAAAUACAGUUGGUUUGGGGCAUUUAGUUGCAAAGACAGAAGAAGAGUACAUUCAAUCAGCAUUAAAAUUAGCAUCUGAUGUGAAGGCUCUUGCGAAACAGAGAGCAAGCCUGCGCGAUGUCAUGUCCAGAUCCCCUCUCUGCGAUGGACGAAAGUUCAUCCUAGGCCUCGAGUCUUCUUAUCGCACUAUGUGGAGAAGAUACUGCAAAGGAGAUGUCCCAUCACUAAAACACAUGAAUAAUCCUGAAAUCAGCGAAAAUUUGUCCUUGAAACCAACAAAAGGAUAUUUCACGACAAAUGGGUUAGACCUAGGAUCGUCGGCUCAACCCACCUCCUCUUCCAAAGACUGAUCAGUAUGUUUCUCGAGAUUCCACUUGUAUCAUAUGAUUCAUACUGGUUAGCUUGGCUAUAUAAAUCUGAAGCAGAGAACACCCCAGAGUCUACUAUUUAUUUCCAAAGAUUCUGUACUAAUAUUGAUUUGUUAAAUACAGGGAGUAAUUGAAUGAUGAAUAAUAGGAAGAGAGAUAUAUGUAGAAGAGUUAGCAGUGUUGAUAUAUUUUAAAAUAUGUUUUCUUAUAUAUAUAUAUUUGUAUUGAUACUGAUUUUUAGAUAAUUUGAAUCAUCUGUUUGUAUA